AUGGUUCCCAGCGGGAACCAGAGUGAUGGCACUACGGAGUUUGUCCUGGCGGGCUUCCCGAAUCUCAACGGCACAGGAGUGGAAGUGUUCUCCGUGUUCCUUUUCAUCUACCUGUUGACUCUAACGGGCAACAUGUUGAUUGUGGGGGUGGUGGGAGCUGAUCACCGCCUGCAGACGCCCAUGUAUUUCUUCCUGGGUAACUUGUCCUGCCUAGAGAUUCUGAUCACUUCCGUCAUCAUCCCGAAGAUGUUGAGCAAUUUCCUCUCGAGGCGACACACCAUUUCCUUUGCUGCCUGUAUUACUCAGUUUUACUUUUACUUCUUCCUGGGGGCCUCUGAGUUCCUACUGUUGGCCGUCAUGUCUGUGGAUCGCUACCUGGCCGUCUGCCGACCUCUGCAUUACCCCUUGCUCAUGAAUGGAGCCGUGUGUUUUCGGGUUGCCUGGGCCUGCUGGAUGGGGGGACUCCUCCCCGUGCUCGGCCCCACAGUGGCCGUGGCCCUGCUUCCUUUCUGCAAACAGGGUGCCGUGGUUCGGCAUUUCUUCUGUGACAGUGGACCCUUGCUUCACCUGGCUUGUACCAACACCACGAGACUGGAGGAGGCUGACUUCGUCCUGGCCUUUCUUGUCAUUGUCUCCUCACUCACCGUUACUGCUGCGUCUUAUGGCUUCAUAGUCCUGGCUGUCCUGCGCAUCCCCUCAGCUUCGGGUCGGCAGAAGGCUUUCUCCACCUGUACCUCCCACUUGAUGGUGGUGACCCUCUUCUACGGGAGUGCCAUUUUCCUCUACGUGAGGCCAUCCCAGAGUGGCUCUGUGGAUACGAACUGGUCAGUGACCGUGAUAACAACAUUUGUGACCCCUCUGCUGAACCCAUUUAUCUAUGCUUUGCGCAACGAUCAAGUCAAGGAAGCUUUGAAAGAGAUGUUCAGAAAGGUAGCCGCAAAGCUUUUUGAACAGACUUUACUUGGGGAUAGUUUGAGAAAGAAGACAGUGAGUUGA